CUGUCUGCUGGCUAUCAUCAUCGCCUCGUCGCCACGUCUUAUUGCUGUCCUCUGGGUUGCACAACCUCGGCUGCUUUGUUCUCGAAGUGAGGCCUUGUCAAACGAGCUGACUGCAGAGUCGGGAGCAAUACCUCGUCUGAGCUAAGCUUUGUCUCAUCCGUGCCUCCAACGACCGCCACUCGAUCCAUACAACGUUGAGAAACAUGAAUCGUCACCAUCCAUACGGAGCUCCAUACGAAAAUCAGUUACCGCGUAGAGGCGGCCCACCGAACGGUUUUGGCCCAGACCGAACACACCGUUUUAGUGACAGGGGUGGCGGACCCCGUGGAAGGGGAUUCGGUCGUGGCCGCGGCGGCGGCGGUGGUGGAAGAGGAGGAAGUAGUGCAUAUGGGGGUUACGACAGCAACGUCGGCCCUUAUGAUCAAGGUCCCCCGCAAGGCGAUAUGGGAGGAUACAACAAUUACGAGUCCGGACCUCCUGCGCAAGAUCAGUUUUAUCAAAAUGGAAAUUUCAAUACGGCAGUACCAGGGCAGUAUGGUCCUCCUGCAGACACAUCAGGGCGGUUUGGCGGUCAGAGUUAUGGAAAUUUUGAAGACGACUCAGGAUCGAAUUAUGGUCAAGGAGGCUUCGAUCGACCGCCUAAGCGGUUCCCUCGUCGUGAAAGAGACGAUAAAGUGCACGAUACUCUGAUUGAAGAGCGUAUUCAGCGAGAGCGCCCGUGUCGCACUCUUUUUAUUCGUAACAUAAAGUACGAGACGAAUAGUGAAGAUGUCCGUCGACUGUUUGAGGAGCAUGGAGAGAUUCGCACUUUCUUCGACCUGAUUGCAAACCGGGGAAUGGUCUUCGUGACCUACUAUGAUCUACGUGCAGCAGAACGCGCGAGAGAUCGCCUUCAAGGAUCGGAGAUAAGUGGACGCCCGAUCGAUGUGCACUACUCCCUGCCUCGUGACGAUGGCGGUAGAGGAGAUAAAGAUAAGAAUCAAGGUACCCUGAUUGUUACUUUGCGCAGUUCUGCAUCCGGUCAGCCAAUCGACGACAACGAAGUGCGCCGGAAGUUCCAACAAUUCGGCGACGUCAAGUCUGUGAGGCCGGUAGGCGACCGGACCGAUCAGCGCUUCGUUGAAUUCUAUGACACGAGGGCUUGCGACGAGGCGCAUGACCGGCUGCGUCACCAGGGGCUGCAAGACGGUGUUAUGGACAUCGUAUUCGCUUCGGACGACGAGAGUCGAGGUGCAUCCCCUAGGUUUUGACAGAGGACGUGACUGGGAUGAGCAUCCGCGUGGUCGUCGCGGAGGUCGCGGAGGGCGUGGCCGGGGCAGGGGAGGCCAUGGCGGCGACGAUUGGGAUCGGAGAGGUGAAUGGGGAAGAGAUCGCGAACGCGGCGGUCGUUUCGAUGACGGAUACGGCGGUGGCAGAGGUGGGGGACGAGGCGGCUUCGAUGACAG